AUGGCAGGUGAGCCACCCGUUGGCGGGAUCACCACCUCGCCGUGCUUGUCUCUGGCGGUUGCGAAGGCGGGUUAUUUUGGCACGUACUUUGCCUUGGCGGCAGUGCAGCCGUACUACGGGCUUUUUCUCGCGGAAAAGGGCUUCGAUCCAGAUGCGGUCGGCAUGGUAACGGCCAUGAUGCCGAUCUGCAACCUUGCCCUCCUCCCGCUGUUGUCGUACGUGGCAGAUAGGCAUCGCUGCAACGCCCAUAUAGCCGCUGCGGGGGUUGUGUUGGCCACUGUCGCGCUGCUCUUCGCUUGUGUGGUGAGGGAGCGCUGGCUUGUCGCGUUGGGCAUCAUCUUGCAUUUUGUAGGAUCUGUCCCGCUUGCACCAUUCAUGGACCAGCACACCAUGGCAAUGUUCCCAGAGGAUCGGCGUCGUGAGUGGGGUGUUGUGCGCUCCUACGGCACGUAUGGGUGGGGGAUUGGAGCUCCUUUUGUCGCGUGUCUGGUUUGGUGCUUUGGCUGGGCAUCAAGCGGUGUAGUAUUUGCGAUUGGUGUUGUUGCAACGUUGCAUUGUAUGUACUGUGGCAAGCCGUACGAUGCGGUGCCACCAACGGAGAUGCGGUGCGUGGAGGUGCUGAUGUUUAUCCUACAGCAUAAACAGCUACUCGUCUGUUGGGUGGCGAUGUGCUGCAUGGGAAUGGGCUACGUGAUUAUUUCUACCUAUCUUUUCAUAUUUCUUGCAGAGCUCGGCGCCCAUCCAGUGUUGCUUGGGCUUUCCGUCACUGCAACUGUCGUUAUUGAGAUCCCACUGUUCUGUCAAUCGAGGUGGCUCUUGGACCGCUUCACGGAAGUGCAGCUUAUGACUGCUGCGAUGGUGGCGUGGGUGGUGCGCGUGUUGGGUUACUCUGUGCUGCACAACCCGUGGCUGGUGCUUUUCCUUGAGCCGCUUCACGGCUUUACCUUUGGUGCCAUGUGGCUGGCGGGCGUAAGCCUAGUGCAGCGAUGCUUCCCAGCGGAUUUGAGUUCUUCGUCCAUGGGUUUCCUCACUGUGGGUAUGUUCGGUGUUGGCUCCAUUCUGGGGAACGUGAUGGGCGGGUUUCUCUACGGUGUGCUGGGGGCGAGGAGAAUGUUGCGUGCCACCGCGCUUUCCAUGACGGUCGUGUGCGCGCUGUUUCGUAUCUGCAUCGCCGUCUGCGAUUGGAUGGUGAAUUACACUGAGGUAGCUGAUGUCGUUACAAUUGACGGUGCCGAAGGCGGAGAAAAUGGAGGAGGUGAGCGCGGCGUGAGUGAGAUGGAUGCUGUGGGGCCGGGGCAGUGCGUGUACCCGUCGAGCCCAUCACGCUGUGCGUCGUGUUCUGUGCUGUUUAAUGUGGAGAUGGUGCAGGUAGAAGAGACUGCCGAAGGUUUGGCCUUGGUGGAGGAAGCAUUGCGCGCCUGA